GACCUCCUCAUUCUCUCAGCACGUUCUCUUCCUGCUUCCAACUUUGUUGCACAUGACACUUUAUGAGGAGCGAUGUCCGCGUUUCACCUGAACGCUCGCGGUGGAAAUGCCCGGAUUGUGUCCACAACAGACGCGUAACAGCAGCAUAUGAUCCACAGCUUUUGAUUUCCAUCGUGCUUUUGGCUGUGAAAAUGAGACUCCGGUUGUUGAAGAAGAACUUUAUUGCGUUCCUUGUCAUUUUAAUUGUGUUUAUAAUGUUGUUUUACACCAUACGACGGAUUAAAAGUGAAGCAAACGUGGAGGUGACUGAAAAAGAGGUCUCUCAGACUGCUAUUAUGGUUAAAUUUGACUAUGAGACCAUUGAGAAUAUGAGGAAGUCUGUCUAUGACAGCAACUACCACCAGUUCAUUCAGAAUAGAGACAAGUUUCCACUGGAUCCCGAGGUGGUUGUCGUCGUGCAAGUCCACAAUCGUCCGGCGUACCUCAAAAUGCUCAUACAGUCCUUGGAAAAAGUCACUGGAAUACAGAACACGCUCGUGAUAUUCAGUCAUGACUAUUUCUCGGAGGAAAUUUCUGGUAUGGUCAAAGGAAUCACCUUUUGCAGGGUCCUCCAGAUCUAUUUCCCCUACGGCAUCCAGCUGUAUCCCAACGAAUUCCCAGGACAGGGUCCUCAAGAUUGUCCGAGAGACAUAUCGAAGGAGGAUGCCAUAAAAAAGGGCUGUUCGAAUGCGGAGCACCCGGAUUCGUACGGACACUACAGGGAAGCGUCCGUCACGCAAACCAAGCACCAUUGGUGGUGGAAGCUGCAUUUCGUGUUCGAGCGAGUGAGGGUUCUUCUGGGAUACAAAGGAUUUGUCGUGUUCAUCGAGGAAGACAACUACCUUCUCCCAGAUUUCCACGAAUACUUCAAAUCCAUGAUUGAGCUCAGGAAAGCCAAAUGCGGGGAUUGCGACGUCCUCACCGUAGGCAACCAUGACGGUUUAUCAGGCUUCCACGAGUUUUCCAGCAAAACCGAGUGA